AUGAUCAAGACCUUCCUGUUUCUGGCUGUUCUGCUGAGUGUGGCACUCGCGCAGUGCCCCUCCACAAACGAUAUCUGUGCAUGCAUCUCCACCACAAACUGUGGCUUCUGCGCUGGUUCUAAUGGCGGAGCGGCUAACGGUGGGUGCCGCGUGGGCUCUUCCUCGGGACCCAACGGCUCGACGUGCGCCACGCCAAGCACAUGGUACUUUUCGGGCUCGGGUAACAUCGACUCGCAGUGCUCGGCGGCUGCGGGAUGCGCGGGCAACGCCGCCCAGUCGUGCCAGUGCGCAGAGGCGCCUGGCUGUGGUUUCUGCGGAUCGUCGGGUGGUGGCGCUCCCUGUGUCGGUGGUACGACCGCUGGCCCGUUCAACUCGGCCUUCCUCUGCCCGGGCGGAACUCAGUGGACCACCGGUCCGCAGUCGCAGUGUAAGGUGGCCAAGGCCAAGGCCUUUGCCGGCAUCAUUGCUGGUGUCGCUGCUGUCGUCCUCCUCUUUGUCUUUAUUCUUGUCUGGUGGUGCAUCCGUGGCAAAUACUGGUGGCGGUCGACCUCGCACAAGCGCUGCUGCUGCGACGAGAAGGCUGCCUGCAACGGCUGCUGCUGCUUCCGUCCCUACGAGCCGCAGCCGCCGCCGCACUUUGACUCGGAGAAAUCGCGCAAGGCCCGCGCCGUCCGCGUUGCCCCCUGCUUCCCGCACAACCCCGUCGGCACCUGCUCCAAUCUCGAUGCCCAGCUCGAGGACGAUGAGCUGGCCAAGUGGGAGGAGGCCCACCCGUGUGGUUGCGGCUGCGGCCUGCGCUGCGCCUGGAUUCCUGGCUGCUGCUGCUUCAAGUGCCCCGCCAAGUGCAUGCAGUGUUGUGAGGACCAGGUCGAUGGUGAGCCUGGCGGCGGCAAGCCUGGCAAGGCUGCCAAGAAGGAGAAGAAGAAGGGAGGCACCGCUGCCCCGUACGGGCUGGCCGCCGCCGAUGACGCAGCUGCUUCGCCAGGCUUUGGCUCGAACGCCCGCAAGCUGGAGGAGGCCCAUGCUCUGCUCUCCGACGACGAGGCUGCGCUGGGCAUUGGCUGCCGCGCAGUUCUUGUUCAAGAUUCACUACUGGGCGACAUUGUCGGCGCCUCACUUGUCCUCCGCUUGCUGGAUGUGCCGGCCGCCGCUCUCGCCGCACCGCCUUCGGUCCUGGCCCGGCUCCUCGACGCCGCUGAUGGCGUGCUCGUGGUCUUUGCUGCUGAUGAUCCCGAUUCACUCCUGGCUGUCGACCGCUGGCGCCUUGUUGUCGAGGCUGCCUUUGCCUCGCUGGCCGACCCGCCACGCAUCAUGCUUGUCGCAAACAAGACCGACUGCCCCGCUGCGCUUGUUGACCAGGACGUGCUCAACGCGUACGUCAUGGACGGCGGAUACUACGGAUGGGCGGCCACCGCCGCCGUCCCAGGCUCGUACAACUCGGUCGAGCUCGCUGUCAACCAGCUGCUCGCCGUCAUGUACGAGCAUGCCGACCGCCGUGCGGCAAAGAUCACGUCCGGUGCGGCUGCGGCAUCAGCUUCGCCCUCGCCCUCGCCCUCUGCGCGCGCUCGCAACCAUCUCGCUAUCAACGAGCCCGAGGCCAAGGUUCGCCGCCUUCGCAAGAAGCGGGCCAAGCGCCUCCGCGACACCAUCAAGGACUUUUACGCCAAGCUCGAGGCUGAUCUCGAAGCUGUCGGGGUCCACGUCGAGGGCUCGGAGCACCGUGCCACCCUCGAGGCGCUGCAGAAGCAGCGCGCCCUCGAGGUUGUUCGCCUCCUCGGAGCUCUGCGGCCCGAGUCGCUUCAGCCCGGCGCGCUUCCCACAGACCACGCCCUCCUCCGCACCCAGUACCUGUUCUCGCUCCGAGUCGCAAAGUGGGAGAACUUGCUCGUCCACAUGGUAACCGGCCUCUCGGUCGAGCUCUCGGGCCUUUCCACUGCCCAGUACUCAGCGGCGGCAGCGGCGACUAUCCUUGACAACGUCUCGGUCUCAUCGGGAAGCUCGGUCUCAUCUUCGGCCUCGUCGCUCUUCUCAUGGUCAGGCUCAUCGGCUGGUGGCUCGUCAACGCUCCCUGCCGGCGCCGCCCUCCCGCUCAACCUGGUCGCGCCCGACGGCCGCGCCUCGUUUGACGGCCUUGCCUCUCUCUUUACCCCCGACGGCCAGCCGUUGGUCCCCGGCGCCACCGAUGUCUCGCUGCAGGCAACCAGUGCUCCUCCGCCGACGCCCGCCGCGCCCGAGCCUUCGCAGCCGCAGACGCAGCCAAAGCGCAAGUCGCGUCGCUCUGGUGCCUCCUCCUCUCGCCGGCCCAAGCAGACGUCAGCAGCACCGGCCUUUGGCUUCCGCUUCCGCACAAGAUAG